CUGGAACCAUUGGCCUGCACCAGCAGCAGCUGUAGUCCUUAUACACCCUGUCACCAAGGAAGGAAGUUAGUUAGUUACAAUCGCCACGCAGUCCACCAACUAAUUAUAUAUGUGUACCUGCCGUCCAAUCACUCUGCCACGUCCUCCCAUUUGCAAAGUUACCCCGAUCACUCACGCAUUCUAUUGGUUCUGUUGGGUGUGCGUGAGCGCAGUGAUUCCCACACGGCACGCCAAAACUAAACGCUGCCCUGUCACUCGGCAAAACUCCCAAUUCCUCAAAAUCCUGUUGUCUUUCCUCCAAUUCCAAUUCAUUCCCCGGCAGAGUCGAUGAAGAAUCAAGACGAUGCACCACCGAAAUUCGAUGAACAAGAGGUCGGAUCACCGCCCCCGGUUGUCCCAACGCGCCCACCGGCCGCUGACGUGGAGAAUCAGACCCCGUCCCAGAUCAGAACUGCUGGGACGGGGUUUGGGGUCGCGGGGAUCCUGCGACGGUGGAAGAGGGAGGACUUGUUGAGGAGAGGGUCUCUGGCUCUGAGGGGACUUGCUCUGGUUUUUUCAUUGCUGGCCUUCAUCAUCAUGGCCAGCAACAAACACGGCUAUGGGAAGAAUUUCGAUGAAUAUGAAGAAUACAGGUAUGUGUUGGCAAUAGCGAUUCUGGCGACGUUGUACACCGGGGCGCAAGCAUUCCGGCAUGCCCACGAGCUUUCCACCGGCACAGAAAUGUUUCAGCAACGGACGUCGGCGUUGGCUGACUUUAUCGGCGAUCAGAUUAUGGCUUAUCUACUGAUAUCAUCGUCAUCGUCAGCGAUUCCAUUGACGAAUAGCAUGAGAAAUUAUCAAGACAACCUAUUCACAGACGCUGCAGCAUCUGCCAUUAGCAUGGCCUUUCUUGCUUUCGUUGCUCUUGCAAUAUCAGCUCUAAUUUCCGGUCACAAAUUAUCGACUCAAUCUUACAUUUGAUAAAUUAUUACGGGCUUAAUUUCUUCGAUUUCAGGAUUUAUUGUUUGUGUGCGCCAUAUAGUUUCAUUGAUGGUCACAAAUGUGUUGUAAUUAGGAGGCACAUUAAUUCAUCUUUGAUUGGAGUUUAGAUCAUCAGGUGAUUGUCUCAGGCAUUUUCAUUAGGGUUUGUAGUGUGAAUAAUAUGAUGAGAUAUGUGUCUUGUUUAACACAUCAGUAGAAAGAUGUAUACUUUUCUUCUGUCAAAUAAGAAAGUUUUAGAAAAGGGAUUCUGCCA